GAUGGGGGUAGGGAGUUUGAAAGAGGAAUAUGGAGGAGACAAAAGAAAGAAGGAAACACAAGUGAGAGUAAAGUAGAGUAGAGUGAGGUGAAGUCAAAUCACUCUGCACAAACUUAAAACCCCAUCGAAUCAGCCAAAAGAAAGCACAGCAGCAAAUCCGGUAAAAGCCAUUCCAAAAAAGCUCGCCGCCUGUAAAGAAAACCCUCUCCAAAUCUCAUUAGUCACUUUCCUUCUUCUUCUUCUUCUCGCUUCGCCGCUCAUUGCUGCGAUCCCCACCGUUUUUUUUUUGCGUUAUACGCAUUAUUAUAUUGAAUGUGGGUGUCCCAUUUUUACCCAUCAGACCCAGAAGAGGAAAGAGCGGAAAACUUUGGCUUCUUCAUGGACUGAUGAUCUUUUGCGAUUAUACUUUGAUUUUGUGGCGAUUCUAGCUCAAUCUUAGAUCUAUUGUACCCUCACAAUCAGUGAUUCGGAAGCCGUAUGAAUUGAUUGUUUAAGAGCUUUCUGUGAAGAUCGGAGUUAGGGUUUGGGAUGGAGGGGCGGAUGAAAAAGUACCGUCCUUUGAGCCCGGAGAGAGCCAAAGUUUGGACGGAGAAAUCUCCAAAAUAUCGGCAGAAACAGCAGCCCAGGAAGGAGCAGCAAAGUAGCAGUAGCAGUAGUAAUAACAGAGUUGCUGUGGUGUAUUAUCUAUGUAGAAAUCGGCAGCUUGAGCAUCCCCAUUUCAUUGAAGUCCCUCUUUCUUCCCCGGAGGGGCUCUACUUGAGAGAUGUAAUUGAGAGGCUUAAUGUUUUGAGGGGCAGAGGCAUGGCUUCAAUGUACUCUUGGUCUUGCAAGAGGAGCUAUAAGAAUGGGUUUGUUUGGCAUGAUCUUUCUGAAGAUGAUCUGAUUCUUCCUGCUCAUGGUAAUGAAUAUGUUCUCAAGGGUUCAGAACUUUUGGAAGAAUCUAAUUUAGGGAACUUCAGCCCUGGAAGAAAUGUUAGAUUUCAAAAUCCAAAACUGUUACCGGAACCGCCAUCUGCUAGAAGCCAAGAUGAUUCUUCCUCAUCUUCCAGCAUGAAUGGGAGAGGAACAAAACCUUCACAGGACGAUGAACUUUCUCCCCCGGUUGAACGCCCCAAUUCAUCUGCUGUGUCCCCCGAGUCUAGUGCUGGGAAAAAUUUCUCGUGGAAUGGUUCGUUAAGCUUGGCAGAGUACAAGGUGUACAAGAACGAUGGCUCUGCUGAUGCUUCCACGCAGACAGAAGAAAAUCCGAGCAGAAAUAAUAGUGUUCGGGAGACCUGCACCAGAGGCGUUUCAACAGAUGAUGGAUCUCCCGAGCCUGAAAGUAAUAGGGCGAAUGACAACCAGCACGUUUUACAGAUGAAAGAAUCAUCUGAGAUUUGCAAGGAGGCAGUUUCACCACCUCCGUCUACAUCUAGUGUAUCAUCAGGCGGCAGAACUGAUACCUUGGAGUCUCUCAUUAGAUCCGAUAUCAGUAAGCUCAACAGCUUUAGAAUUCUCGAAGAGGAGGAAUUCCGAGUGCCCACAACAAAACUUAAGCCUUCAAACAUGCUAAUGCAAUUAAUCUCCUGUGGAUCCAUUUCGGUGAAGGAUCACAGUUUUGGUCUUAUCCCAAUGUACAAGCCGAGAUUUUCGCAUUCAAAAUUUCCAUCCCCACUAUUCUCGACCUCAUUAACCUUGGGAGAACUUGAUUGCCUGACCGAAAAUCCUAGACUAAUGGGUCUGAGGUUAGAAGAUAAAGAGUAUUUCAGCGGGAGUUUGAUCGAGACAAAUGUGCCCAAAGGAGUAGCUGUUCUUAAAAGGUCAUCAUCAUUUAAUGCUGACAGGACUAAUAAGCAGAUUGAUCCAGUCGAGGACAAAGAGGAGGAUGUAAGCUCAACAGGCUCAAAGUGCAUCCCCCGAGCAAUCAAGGCGUCCUUGAGUAAGCAUCCAAGAAGUGAAUCGAUGAGAUCUCCAAUUUCUGAGGGUCCAAGAAUCUCAUCUGAAGGAGCGGAGAACCCACAAGCCAUCACAUUUGACACACCAACAGGAGGAAGCAGGAGAAUUACGGAGCCUACCUCGGGAAAGAAACAGUCAAAGAGAGCCGAAUCUUUCAGGGAGGAGGGGAACGCGAUCAAAAUUAUUGAAGAAAGGCUUGCUUCAGGAGCUCGGGUUAUAAUACAGUCAAAAGGAUCUCCCGACAAGGAACUUUAAACAAUUUUGAAGGCCGACUUUGGGCAGCACAAGUUUUGGUUAUUCUGGCGGGGAAUCAGCAAACUACACUCAUUUGCAACUGAAUCACCAUUACUUCAUUGUAAAUCUAUGUAAAAGAUGAAAACUUGAAGCAGAUUUGAGUAUCUGCUGAUGGUGAACACUUGGAAUGCCUUAGUGGUAAAAUCCUUAGGUUUUGCACUUCAUUUCUGUAAUAGUAUAGGCACCACAAUCAAUGUUAAUGGUUCCAGACUCUCCCUCCCUGCUAGAUAUAGGUAGCCAAAAUGGUUGUUGAAUUGGUACUUUUAUUUACUUAAUUAAAUUAUAUUGUGAUGAUUCACAUCA